UGCCCCAUCAUUGGUGUCAGUGGGAGGAAUAGUGCCCCAUCAUUGGUGUCAGUGGGGGGGAGGAAUAGUGCCCCAUCGUUGGUGUCAGUGGGGGGGAGGAAUAGUGCCCCAUCAUUGGUGUUAGUGGGGGGGAGGAAUAGUGCCCCAUCGUUGGUGUCAGUGGGGGGAGGAAUAGUGCCCCAUCAUUGGUGUCAGUGGAGGAAUAGUGCCCCAUCA